AUGGAGUCGACAUCGCUAACAAGCUCCUUGACGCUGAUCGCGACGCUAGUCGAGGCAGCCGGAAACCAUCUGAGCACCGAUGUGAAUGAACGGAUACUAACGGAGCACCUGCAUGGAGCUGACCUUCCAACCGACGCCGGCAUUGCGAGGCUGGCGGACCGCAUCAUCGACGCGGCAGAGAAGCUCUGCACUCUCUUGGAGCCAAGUCAUCUGAUCCUGGCAGAUCAUUUCCUCGGCUAUGUGAGCACGAAAUGCUUGGUGGGAGCCGUUGAGUCUGGUGUUCCAGAUGUUCUGGCUCAAGCACCUUGCUCACUCCAACAGCUCGCCCAGGCGACGGCAACGCACGAACAGCGUUUGCGCCAAGUCAUGAGGCUGCUGUGUAGCAACGGAAUCUUUUCUUUCGACGAGGACACGGCCAUGUACUCCAAUAACCCACGGUCCGAUCUCCUGCGCAAGGAUAGCAGCGCGCCGUGGCGCCAUUGGGUGGAUCUCUACGGCAACGAGUUCUACGACAUCGCGCGUGGUAUCCCCCGGUCGCUCCAGAGGUCCACGGGCAGGAGCGCAGCUCAGUGUAACUUCAACACGGAUGAAGACAUGUUUGCCUAUUUCGAACGGCAAGGAUGGGUCCCGCGCCUGCAUCGCACCUUGGCCAGCGGAAUGGAAGCCAUGGCUCCUGGUGUCGUGGCAGAUUAUCCCUGGGCCGAAGUUGCGGACCGAACUGUGUUGGAUCUUGGGGGCGGUGGCGGAGCGCUUAUAGCUACACUCUUGCGUGCUUUUCCCGGCAUGCGUGGAGGUAUCCUUGACCUCGCCGGCGUCAUUGACCACACACGGCCAUUCUUUCGCGAAGGCGGCCCGUACGUCGACUUGGCAGACCGUGUAUCUGACCAGGACCUGCAAGUGGGCGACUUCUUGCAGCAGGUGCCGAGCUACGAGGUAUACACCAUCAAGUGGUGUCUCCACGAUUGGGAGGACGAGCAAGCUGUCCAGAUCCUGAGAAACGUCCGCUCGGCCAUCGUGCGCACCGAGACGUCUCGACUGGUCAUUCUUGAAGCCGUACUCCGUAGUGAAGGGAGGUCGGCGCGCUUAGCCCGCUACGGAGACAUCAAUAUGAUGAUGACGGCGAAAGGAAGAGAGCGCACCGAAGGUGAAUGGCAGGGCCUGGUACGGACCGCUGGUUGGCAGCUCGCCGGGAUACACCGCUUGCGGAACUCCUGGCUAUGUGCGAUAGAUUUACGGCCCGCGGCUGAGGACCGUCAGAACAUUUAG